AUGGCGGCCACAUCAUUCAAGCUCAACACUGGCAAGGAGAUUCCCUCUCUCGGUCUUGGAACCUGGCAGUCCAAGCCCGGCGAGGUCCAAACAGCCGUCUCUUAUGCCCUCCGGAACGGCUACAAGCUCGUCGACUGCGCCUACUGCUACGGCAACGAGGCCGAGGUCGGCGAGGGCCUCAAAGAGGCCUUUGCCGCGGGCGUCCGCCGCGAGGACGUGUACAUCAUGACCAAGGCGUGGGCGUCGUACAACACGCGCGUCGAAGAGUGUCUGGACAAGAGCUUGAAGGCUCUCGGCGUGGACUACGUCGACAUGUAUCUCAUUCACUGGCCUGUGCUGCUGAACCCCAAUGGCAACGAUGACAAGUUCCCGACGCUCCCCGACGGCAAGCGCGACAUCAUCUAUGACUGGAAGCACACGGACGCGUGGAAGCAGAUGGAGGCCCUCCUCUCCACGGGCAAGGUCCGCGGCAUCGGUGUCAGCAAUUACAGCAAGAAGUACCUCGAGCAGCUCCUCGCCGGCUGCACCGUCGUCCCCGCCAUCAACCAGAUCGAGAACCACCCCAGCCUGCCGCAGCAGGAAAUCGUCGACCUCUGCCGCGACAAGGGCAUCCACGUCGUCGCCUACAGCCCGCUCGGCAGCACCGGCAGCCCGCUCUUCACCGCCGCGCCCGUCGUCGAGAUUGCCGAGAAGCGCGGCGUCAGCCCGGCUACAGUGCUUCUGAGCUACCACAUCGCCCGGGGUGCUACGGUACUGGCCAAGUCGGUCACGCCAGCCCGCAUCAAGGCCAAUGCGGACAUUGUGAAGCUCGACGACGAGGAUAUGAAGCGGCUGCGAGCGUACUCGGACGACCUCACGGCCAAGGGCGAGCUGAAGCGCUACGUCUACCCGCCCUUUGGAAUCGACUUUGGCUUCCCCGACAAGUCAUAG